AUGGUUGUGAUAUUACCUAUUGAAAUCAUCUCUAAAAUAUUUGACUAUUUUCCAACGAGAUUAUUAUGUAAAUAUUUUGUUGUUUCACGUAAAUUAAAUUGCGAGAUUAAAAAAAUAAUUGGGCAAAGGUUUAAUAAUGUUUUUUCAAAUUCUGAUAAACGUUUGUUGGUAUAUAUGUCAAGAUACGAUUUAAUUGAAUUAUCACAAGUUUAUUACGCAUUUGAUUUGGGAUUUAAAUCUUUAAACUCAGAAACGUUAAUAUCAAUCUUUACAUCAUCUGACCAAUCAUUCCAAAAGGAUCCUUUUUCAGUAUUAGGAUUAAAAUUACGUGGCGGGGGGGUAUUUAAUAAUAAACCAUUAAAUUCACCGAUAACAUAUUUGGGUUGGGGAGCAACGUCGGAAGAAAAAGAAGCAAGAAUUUACAUUUUUGAUUCAGAUAUUUCUCAUUCCAAUCAUAUUUCCCCAUGUUAUUAUGUAACUAAUGGGAGGUUACUAACACCUAUAGAUGGAUGUAAAUUAAAUAAAGGGUGGUGGAGUGCACCCCUUUUACAAAAGAACAAAAAAAUGAUGUCGAAAGCAGGAUUUCUUGGUAAAAAUGAACUUUAUGACAACGUAGGCAUUCCUUACGUGCUUGGUGAUUUGAAAUCCGUUUCCAUUAAAGCUGAUGUAUUAUUGGUUGCUUACGAAGAAAAGAAAAGAGAUAAAUCUAUUACGGGUGUAAAAUAUUUGGUAACGUCCGGCGGUGAAAAACAUUUAAGGCAAAAAAAUGGUUGUGUGAUUUGCUAG